AGUCAUUCUCUGUUGGAGCAUUUCGCGGCAGCAGGCGACACAGGUUGGGGGAAUAACGAGAGAGAGGGGGUUAGUGGACAGUUUACCAGGCGUAAAAGACUGGGAAACGAAGCCGUCAACCUCUCCAAAAACGCAGUCAUGUUAUCUUUAUCCAUUAGGAUAUGUUUUUAUUCGGAAUAGGCGAUUCUUCUCCAAUCACAUUGUUCUCUUCUCCCAAAACAUCCCAGGAUAGGAUAGAGUGGAUGUUAUUGUCAUAAUAACCAUGAAUUCGGCGGAACAGACGGUAACGUGGCUGAUAACGUUGGGGGUCUUGGAGUCACCGAAAAAGACAAUUUCUGACCCUGAAGGAUUCCUGCAGUCUUCCCUCAAAGAUGGGGUUGUCCUGUGCAAGCUGGUGGAGCGAUUGCGCCCUGGUUCUGUUGAGAAAAUCUUCCAAGAACCAAGGAAUGAUAGUGAGUUCCAGAGCAAUAUAAAGGAGUUUCUGAAAGGCUGCGGGUCCUUCCGAGUGGAGCCAUUUGAGGUCAAUGACCUUCUCCAGGGACUGAACUUCACCAAGGUGCUCAACUCUCUGGUGGCACUGGCCAAAGCCACCGAGGACAUAGGAGUGGGCAGUGACUCUGUGUGUGCACAUCACUCAUCCUCGUUACGGAUCAAGUCGUUUGACUCUCUGAACACUCAGUCUCCCCGCGGGCGCUCCUCCAAGCUCCUCCACAACCAGUACCGCAGCCUGGACAUGUCGGAGAGCGGUGGGCAGCGGGUACUGGUGAGGGCCAAGUUCACCUUCCAGCAGACCAAUGAAGACGAGCUGUCCUUCAACAAGGGUGACAUGAUCAGUGUGUCGCGCCAGGAAGACGGCGGCUGGUGGGAGGGCUCGUUCAACGGCAACAAGGGCUGGUUCCCUAGCAACUAUGUCAAGGAGGUCAAAGGCAGCGACAACCCAGUGUCUCCUAAGUCUGGCACCCUCAAAAACCCUGUGAAAGGCUUUGACACACCAGCUGUCAGCAAGACCUACUAUAACCUGGUGCUCCAGAACAUUCUAGAGACCGAGACCGAGUAUUCCAAGGAGCUCCAAAGCCUACUGACCUCAUACCUGCACUCACUGCAACCCACAGACAAGUUGAGCAGUGCAGACGUCAGUCACAUCCUGGGGAAUCUGGAGGACAUCUCUACCUUCCAGCUGAUGUUGGUUCAGUCCUACGAGGAAUGUACCAGGCUUCCAGAGAGCCAGCAGAGAGUAGGGGGCUUCUUCCUCAACCUGCUGCCCCAGAUGAAGGCUCUCUACAUGGCCUACUGCUCCAACCACCCCUCAGCUGUCAACAUCCUCACAGAACACAGUGAGGAGCUGGGGGAGUUUAUGGAGGGGAAGGGAGCCAGUAGUCCAGGUAUCCUGACCCUCACCACUGGUCUCAGUAAACCCUUCAUGAGGCUGGACAAAUACCCUACACUGCUGAAGGAACUGGAGAGACACAUGGAGGAGCAUCAUCCUGAUCGACCAGACAUCCAGAAGUGUUUGACCUCCUUCAAAAGCCUCUCUGCCCAGUGUCAGGAGGUGAGGAAACGUAAGGAGCUGGAGCUGCAGAUUCUAACUGAGACGAUCAGACGCUGGGAGGGAGAUGACAUCAGAACCCUGGGCCCUGUCCUGUACAUGUCACACACACUCUGCCACACACACGGAUCAGAGGAGAAGAAUGAACGCUACCUCCUGCUGUUCCCAAAUGUUCUCCUACUGCUGUCUGCCAGCUCCAGAAUGAGUGGAUUCAUCUACCAGGAUAAGCUGCCAUUGACAGGAAUGCUUAUCUCAAGGAUAGAAGAUUGUGAGUUGGUCAAAAACGCUUUUGAAAUAUCAGGCAGUACGUGUGAGCGGAUGCAGGUGGUGUGUAACAACCAGCAGGAUUUGCAGGAGUGGGUGGAGCAUCUGUCGAGACACACUCAGAUCAGAAACGCCCCCUCCGUGAUCAUGACCACACCCACCGCCAAGCCCCAGUCUGUCCCCUGCCACACGCUCCCGUCCCAUCCCCUGACCCCCUCCAGACACUCAGAGAGUAGGGGUGUAUCUGCGGGCCCUGCUUACCACACUCUACCCCACCCCUCCUCCCACGGGGUCCCUCAAACCCCCCCCAUGUGGGGUCCCCUGGAGCCCCCCAGCACCCCCAAACCCUGGAGCCUCAGCUGCCUCCGCCCCGCGCCCCCACUUAAGCCCUCGGCAGCACUCUGCUAUAAAGAGGAUCUGAGUAAAAGUCCUAAGAGUAUGAAGAAGCUGCUGCCUAAACGUAAGCCUGAGAGGAAAGCUUCAGAUGAGGACUUUGCUACCAGGAAGAGUACUGCAGCUCUGGAGGAGGAUGCCCAGAUCCUGAAAGUGAUCGAGGCCUACUGCACCAGCGCCAAAACACGGCAGACACUCAACUCAACAUGGCAGGGUACUGAUUUGAUGCAUAACCACGUGCUGGCCGAGCCAGUUGACCGGUCCAGUGUGGACACUAUAGGUUGCCGUAGCAGCCUGUCCAGAGGGACCGAGCCCUGGUCUGACCUAUCAGAGGACUCGGAUUAUGACAGUAUUUGGACCGCCAGUAGUUACAGGACCUCCUCCGUUUCUCGAUCCAGAGAGAAGUCAGGUCUGCACAUGCUCUUCCCUGAGGAGGAGAAGAUUAUCGUGGAGGAGACCAAGAGCAAUGGACAGACUGUCAUCGAGGAGAAGACUCUAGUAGACACGGUGUAUGGGCUGAAGGAUGAAGUGCAGGAGCUGAAACAGGACAACAAGAAGAUGAGGAGGACCCUGGAUGAAGAGCAGAAAGCCAGGAAGGAGCUGGAGAAGAUCCUGAGGAGAGUCCUGAAGAACAUGAAUGACCCCACCUGGGACGAAACCAACCUGUGAAUACUCAGGCGACAUCGCAUCAACAUGGUUGGGUUCGGGCUCCAUCGUGACUGGACCAAAAUGUUUAACCACAAAGCUAUCUGACGUAACACUGUGAACUGACACUGUGGAACACUGAUCUGUCACUGUUGUAAGAGUCUGGGUGUGGUCCAAAGUCAAAACAGCCAAUGAAAAUGCAACAUAGCGUCCCUGAAUCACUCUGGAAGACUAUUGGCUGUGGCAUGGACCUCCGACCUCUGGGAUCUGGGAUUGGAACAAUCACACUAGUGAAGAUACCUGGUUUGCUCUUCUCAUAUUUGCUGAUCUGCACUGAUAUGUGCAGUAGGUCCCUAGUGCCUACAAAGGGAUUUCCUUCCACCUGUCCAGUUUUAUGCAGAUGAAAGACGAGGAAAGGUAGCCACGGUAGACUAUUGAGAUGCAACCCAGACAAUUUUGACAGAUGAUGAUUUUGUCACUGCCUCCAUUACCCUGCUGCCAAGCUCCUCAACACCCCCACCCUCUUACCCCACUCUGGAGCAUCUCCCUGCCCAUUCCUCUGAGCCUUGUAGGAACCUAUGGCCAACACACAGAACAGCAUAACCUCUAGCUCAUUCUGCAUGUUUCCAUGGAAACCUUAGCAAUCCAAUACUGGAACGUUUUCAGGUGAUUUUUGUAGCUUUCUGAUGAUGAUGAUUUGAAGUAUUCUGGAUGACCUAUUUCUUGUUUGUUUCUGUUAUUUUAGCGGAUAAUGGACUUUCUAUUUUAAUGCUUUCCUGAAAACACUGUAUUUCUACUUUUGAUUUUCUACUUCAUUGUCACCUAUGAUUUGUACAGAAACUAACUGUAGCGUCUCAAAUUAAUAUCAUGAAAUGUGCCUUGGGGAAACUAUUCCAUGAUAUCAGCUUACAUCUUUGGCAGGCUCUUCAGUUUAAGUCAAAUAUUCCAAUGCAAUAUUGAUUCCAAUGAUGAACACUAAUGUAAACUACUUAUCUAACUAUUUCAGAUUCUAUAUUAUGUCUGUAAUUUAUCUAUUUAAAUGAAAUUGACUGAAGUGUAUUAUGCACUCCUUAAGUCUAUUGUUCAGUGAACCUCCCUCCUUAAGUCUAUUGUUCAGUGAACCUCCCAAGUCUAUUGUUCAGUGAACCUCCCUCCUUAAGUCUAUUGUUCAGUGAAUCUCCCUCCUAGUCUAUUGUUCAGUGAACCUCCCUCCUCAAGUCUAUUGUUCAGUGAAAACCUCCCUCCCAUAUCCUCUAUUUAUUACCUCUUCGUCUCUCUCACUCUUCUCAACUUGUCUCUGAAUUAAACCAGUAAACUGAAUCUCAUGUGUAUCUGAAUACUUGCGAUGACUGACGUGUUGUUUUACCCAUCUUAGUUGAAAGCACUGGCUGUACGUUGCCUCUGAAUAACAGCGUCUGCUUUAAUGACCUAAAUGUGAUGUAGCCUUUGUCCUGCAAAGUGCUGUCACUUUUUAACUUCAAAUGAAUCAGACAGUUAUCAUUGGAUACCUGUCAGUGGUAGAUUCAGGUGGAAAUAUAGUAUAAACAGUCCAGGAAUGGUGAGGGUGACCACGUUUCCAUGCGCACAGUAUUCCGGACAGUAGCUCAUCCCGCUUUAGGUCUUAUUCGGAAUAAGCUGUUUACAUGCACGUUUUGAUAUCUCGCUCACGAGUAUCCCUGUAUCCAUGAAUAAACAGAAUAUUCCUCAUUUUAAGUUCUAGGUUAAAUGGAAUAGUACCUGAACUCUGGACACUGACUGUAGGCCCUCUGACAUGUACAGUAAUAUAAUAACUGCUGUGGAAUUCUACAUUUGUUGCAGUGAAAUAAUACAACAAAUGUUAGUGUAGAAAGUGUAGUGUAGAAAUAAGUGUAGAAAUAAGAGAUGCUGAAGGAAUUCCUGAGAAAAUGUGAAGAUGCCGGUAACAGGUUACCUUUGACACUGUUAUGCCAGCAGACAGUAUUUCAACCACAAAAUAUGCACCAAAUCAACUGAACUCUUAUCAGAAAUGUGUUUCAUUGUUUUCUCGGCUUUUCAUUUUCUUAAAACCGGUCAAACUGAUGACAUUUCGUACGAGAACAAACUCUCUGUUAUUGUGUAUUUUCUCCCAAUCCCUAAACGAAUCAGACAACUUUACCGACGUUAACUAGAUGACUAAUGCAUUCAUUCUAAGACAUUAUUCCGGUGAGCACUACUUUAUUUAGUCUUCUGGGGCAACAAGUUAGGACAGAAGAGGAGCUGUGCCUUUGGAAAGUAUUCAGACCCCUUUUUUGUUACGUUACAGCCUUAUUAUAAAAAGUAUGCAAUUGUUUUUCAAUCUACACACACACAAUACCCCAUAAUGACAAAGCAAAAACUGUUUUUUAAAAAGUUGUUGCUAAUAUAUUGAAAAUAAAAAAACGAUCACAUUUACGUAAGUAUUCAGACCCUUUACUCAGUACUUUGUUGACUGAAUACUUAUGUAAAUGUGAUCGUUUUUUUAUUUUCAAUAUAUUAGCAACAACUUUGGCAGUGAUUAUUUGGGGAGUUUCUCCCAUUCUUCUCUGCAGAUCCUCUCAAGCUCUGUCAGGUUGGAUGGGGAGCGUUGCUGCACAGCUAUUUUCACGUCUCUCGAGAGAUGUUCGAUCGGGUUCAAGUCCAGGCUCUGGCUGGGCCACUCCAGGACAUUCAGAGCCACUCCUGCGUUGUCUUGGCUGUGUGCUUAGGGUUGUUGCCCUGUUGAUAUUUAAGGUUAUUUGUCAUUAUGGGGUAGUGUGUGUGUGUGUGUAUAUGUAGAUUGAAAUUGACAAGGCUGUAACGUAACAUGUGGAAAAAGUCAAGGGGUCUGAGUACUAUCCGAAUGUACUGUAUAUGAAAAUAACCAUUGCCAUUAUUUGGAUCUGUGCCUUUCACUUUGAACUGGACUGUGUUUACAUCAUGAGCAGUCACGAGUAGAUGCAUUUUUAAAAACCUUUUUUUUUUUUUUUAUCAAAGCGAGAGACCUUUGCACAUUUUGUUAAAAUGAUUUGCUAGUUAGUGAGUUAUUGGCCCAGUUAAAGCUAAUUUCUUGUCAACAGUGGGGGUGUGGUUGCUUCCUACAAGAGCACAACGUUUACAUUUCUUGCCAUCUUUUCACAGCAAGUCAGAGCUUAUUUUCUGUGGUAAAGGGGCAGUGUUGUUGUCUUGAAUAGGCUACCAUUAUUCUCUGUAAUAAUGGUAUGGGAAUAAUGAAUUUUAUUUUGUAAAGUGGUUUCUUGCAUCAAACUCAUUUUCAAUCACCUUGUUGGAAGGACAAGUGAAUAAACAUGUUAAUUGUCAA